AUGCGGUUCCUGAGAGAAAACGAUUUCUCCGCUGAGAAGUCUUUAGUGAAAAUGCAUCAAUACUACAACUAUUUAUUCGCUAUGGUCAAUCAAAGAUAUGAGACGAUUGACGAUAAGACGUUUUCUAUCCAAAUUCAAGUCUGUGAUAUGCUGAUAGCUAAGAGUCGCCGCCAGGUUGCAUGGUUUGAAGGCAUCGCUCGAUGGUCCAAGAACCACGGCAACCACGUUACUUUUAAAUUUAUUUUCAGUUAUAUUUUAUGCAAACGAAGAAAAAAAGUCGAAGGCUACGCCCACGUCGGGACCAUGUGCGAUGUGACAUCCGGCAAGUCCUCCUCGAUAGUCCACGACGGGGGAGACUUCCUUUCCGCGGCUGUGAUAGCUCAUGAGUUGGCACAUAGAUCUUCAAAAUCGAAGUGUCUACUAACUGCACCAAAGAAAUUAUUCAACUACGAUAACGAUGCUAGAUUUCCAGGCAAGACAGUUGACAUCAAUUCCCAAUGCCGUUUCUCGUUUUCUGAAUCUUCAAGCUUCUGUGAUGCAGGUUCUCAAAGAUAUAGCGUCUGUGAGCGCCUCUGGUGCGCAUCGCCCUCGGAAGGCGGCCUCUGUCGCACAAAGAGCAGACUUACGGCACUUCCGGGAACACCCUGCGGCUUUGGACGACACUGCAACCUAGGGAAGUGUAUAUCUUCAUAUACACCUACCUUUAUGUCGGCGUUCCAGUCGGUUCGUGUGGACUCAAGUCUUUUAUUUGCCGAUAGGAAUUGUCGCGCAGAGCCACCAAAGUGUUCCACUCUUGUUCGCGCAAGUCCAAAGCUGUGUACACGAGAAAGGUACCAGGAAUACUGCUGUAAAUCAUGUUCAAACCCCUACACGAUAUAGAAUCUUUCAUCUACUAGUAUGUGAAAUUACAAUAAAUGUCCAGUUGUGAUUAAGUAAAAAAACAACAAGAAUCAAUCAGUGAAAGCAGGA